GCCAAUGAUCCCACCUGUAGAUAGACCAAUAUUACCAAAGGUAUCGGCGGCGUGGAGUUCGGGGUGGGAUGUAGAGGCUCGAAUAGCCAAUGCGUCUACUGGAUUGACGAGGGAAAAGAGGAAUAGAGCAAAGAUCACAAAAAUGGAUCGGGUAGCAAGAUCCUGGGAUGAGAGUACUGCCAUGUCGGGGUUACAAUUUGGAGGGUUGAAGAGGAGAGCUUGUGUACCUUGA